UCAUCGAAUAUCUUCCGUUCAAAAUGGAUCUGUCAAAAACUACUGUCAUGAUAGCAUUUUAUGCAAUUUCACUGAUCAGUGCGGUUCGUGUAACAUACAAAUCCUGCAAUGAGGCACCCAAUCAAUCCGGAAUUUACUGGAUAAGCUUGACGGAUAAUGGCAUUCCGUUUCAAGUUUACUGUGAGCAGGAGAAAUAUGCUGGCCACUGGCUAGUGUUCCAAAGUAGAAACGACGAUUCAACGAGCUUCAAUCGUAGUUGGAAUGAAUACAAGUACGGAUUUGGAAAUUUGGGUAAUAAUUUCUGGUUGGGAUUGGAUAAGUUGCAUCAGCUAACAAAUUCGUUCAGUUAUGAUUUGAUGGUGGUGAUGGAUGACUAUCUGGAUUUCUUCGCCUUUCAAAGAUACGAGCACUUUGUGGUAAACAACGAAUCCUCGGACUACAGCUUGCGUCUUUCGGGAGUGAAUUAUGGAACGGCCGGUGAAUCGCUGUUUAUCUACAAUAACGAAAAAUUCUCCACGUUUGACCGAUCGAAUAAUAAAGGAACGGCAAACUGUGCCGCGGAAAUGGCUGGUGGCUAUUGGCACUAUGAUUGUCGAAACGUUCUGCGCACGAGGAGCAACUUGAACGGUUUGUACGAUCUGGACCAUAUUAUGAGGAAUGGCAGCGGGAUGUGGUGGGGAGAGUUUGGAGGCACGGGGAAACCGUUGAAGAAGACAAGAAUGAUGAUCAAAAUUCGGGAAUAAUUGUUUUUUUUCGCAGCCGAAUUAAGUACGUAGAGAGCUUGGUGAUCAAAUGGUGACUAACAGAGCAGAAGAUCGUUGGUUUUUGAACCAACCCAUGCCUGCCCUACAAAAUCAUCUUUUGAGGCUUAAAAAAAAUAUAUAUAAUUCCUAUCUAAUUUCCUCUCUCCUUUGUCUACAUUCCUUUCUCUCCUGUGCAUGCAAGCAU